AAAAGUCCCUGCAACUGUUUUUGCUGUUAAGGUUAUGCUACCCAUUACAAAUUAGUAUAGGCAACAAAACAAACCAUCGUUCCCGCAUCCUGCAAUACACCUCCACGUUCCCCCACGUCUUCAUACACCUGUGCAGCGUCCCAGCCUCAGUCAGUGCAGAGGGCUGUCAUGCAAGUAGACUUGCCUACUCCCAAACCGUCCCAAACCAGGAAGUGACUGUAAAGUCUUCCCGCUCCUCUCCUGGGAGCCACACGUCCCCUGCAGCUCAUGGCACUGCCUGCGGCGGAGUCCCCCCGGGGGCACAAGUGAGGCUGCAGACAUGGCUCUCCCGACCACUUUGGACCAGCUGCCCUGGAACGCCGCCUUAGCGGAGCAAGGGGCCAGCAAUGGCUCCCACGCCAACUCGUGGUACAACACAAACAAGACUCAGCUCUUGGGUGUUUUGUUGGCAAUCAUUGGAAAUUUUCUGAUUAGUAUCUCUUUGAAUAUCCAGAAAUAUGCUCAUCUCCAACUGGCAUGUCAAGCAGAUCAAAAGCCGUAUUACACAAGCACACUGUGGUGGUGUGGAAUUAGCCUCAUGGGUCUUGGAGAACUGGGGAAUGCUGCAGCUUAUGGAUUCGCUCCAGCCGCCCUUAUAGCUCCAUUAGGAUGCGUAUCCGUCAUAGGUAGUGCAUUUAUUUCUGUCUUAUUCCUAAAAGAAGCCAUGAGGGCUGCCAAUAUGUUAGGUGGAACCCUGGCAAUUGCAGGAACAUAUUUGUUGGUGACAUUCGCUCCAAAUGUAACCCAGGAGCUCACGGCAACUAAAAUACAGAAUUAUUUAGUUAGCUGGCAGUUUCUGAUCUAUGCGAUUUUAGAAAUAAUAAUAUUCUGCAUUCUUCUGUAUUUCUACAAAAGAAAGGAUUUGACGCACAUUGUGGUUUUGUUAAUGAUGGUAGCCCUACUAGCAUCACCGACUAUCAUUUCAGUAAAGGCCGUGGCAGGCAUGAUAACAUUCUCGGCAAAGGGCAAAAUACAGCUAACAUACCCCAUUUUCUAUAUCAUGUUCAUUAUAAUGGUGACAUCAUGUGUUUUCCAAGUGAAGUUCUUAAAUCAUGCUAUGCAACUCUACAAUGCAACAGUCGUUGUGCCGAUUAACUUUGUCUUCUUCACAACCAGCGCCAUCAUUGCAGGGAUCAUAUUUUAUCAGGAAUUCCAAGGCGCAGCUUUCCUGAGUGUAUUCAUGUUUCUAUUCGGGUGUCUUCUUUCAUUCCUUGGCGUGUUCAUAAUCACACAGAAUCAAAAAGAGGAACUUUUACAUGUUCCUUAUAUUGACUGUGGACACAUUCCUGGGGAAAAAAUGAUUGGCAACAUACAGCCGGAUUCAAACAGCUUAUUAUCCUAUGGCACUUUGCAUGAUGAAGGUAACUGGACAAGUGCUCAGACCAGCUUAAAUUCCAGUUAAAAGAAGAGUUCCCUAUUCAUUGACGUCAUAUUCAGCACCCAUGUUGAUUGCAUGUAUAUAGUGCGUGUGUCGUUUUAUUUUAUGUUGAAAACUGUUAGUGUUAUUUAAAUAGCCUAGAUUAUCCCCUGACUAUUAGAAAUGUAUUACGAUUAAUGGGGAGGCCUAUUAAACUUGAAGAAAAGAUAGUAUCCAUUAAUAGGUCCAGACAUUUUCCUGGUAAAAUACCUCUUACUGGUGAUUUGGGGCCACAUUUGUAUAGGUUUUUAGAUACCUAAAGAUCCAACUGGUUACACAAAGGGAUUUUUCAAAGCACUCUGUCUGCAUUAUAAGUACUUAAUACCUUUAAAAAUCAGUCAUCAAAAUACAGUGUGUUUUUAUGUAAGCAUCUGUUGGGAGAAAUCCUGCUUGCCUUAUUCAUACAGCUAGUCCCAUUACCUUCAAAUGGAUAUAUGCAUGUGAGUAUAGUGAGUGGGAUUUGUUCCAGUACAUAAAUAUGGAUGAUAAGAUAUGGUAAAAGGCUUGGCAUUAUAAAUUCCUCCAAAGGAGAUCUCUAGUAGGGGAGCUUGUCUCUGUCCUACUAGACUGGAAUAGCAAGCAGCUAUUCUCAGUACAGUCUGUCCUGAGCCUUGCCUCCAGCCUUCAUUAGAAAAUACAAGGUUUUGGUGGGGAUUUUGAAGAGGGUGCAAACAAUUCCUCUGCUGUUGUACUUUGAAUAAGCUCAGCUGGAGAAAAAGGGAGUUCAAUAUAUGGGGCCCAGUCCAUGAAGUCAAUGAAAAUGCUGUAUGGGGAGAAGACUGUAAGGGCAGUUUCCCAAAAGGUAAGCCACUGAGCUAAAAUUAUUUUUUAAUUUCCUUCAUAAAGAGACUUCCCUGAAUUAAGCUAUAGUCAGCAAUGGCAUCAGCCCAGGUUGUGCAGAAUGAGUUUGGGGUUCUCAGAAAGCUGUAAUCCUACUUCAUCUGCUGACUCACAGGAGAAAGUUACUUAUGGCCAUAGGAUGCUACACAGCCUAGGUUUCUGCUUCUGUUUGAUAAAACUGAUCUACCUCACAGGUGUGUUGUGAGGGUGAGUUGAGUGCUUUGGGAGGGAAAUAGAAGCACUUUAUACAUGUUCAGUGUUGCUAUUUGAACUUGGGACAGCAAAUACUUUUGCUCUUUUAUAAAUAAGUUCAGUAAUGGGUACAUGUCAUACGCAGCUAGCUUUAAUGGGAUCUACUGAAAUGCCUCCUUUUAAACAUGCUAUUUUAGAAGAGACCCAGUCAAAGUGAUGUCAGUAGUUUAACAUUGUGAUUAGUUUAUUAGACAUGUUGAAAGUACCUGGAAAAUGGUACAUUUUGCUAUACAUUAAUCUGCCUACAUCCAAGAUUCAAGGGAUUUUUUUUGUUAUCUAAGCCUUUUCAAAUUGGGACAGAGUCCAUGAAUUCAGUGCCACCAAGCCUCUUUUUUGUUAAGGCUCAAGGAAGCCUACCAUAUUCCUCUCUCAGAUGCCCAGUGAGUCCUCCAGCAAAAUCAAAAAGGCUAGAUUUUCCAUUGCUGUUCUAUCUAUGGGAAAAAUGCAGAUGAAAAAAAAUACCUAAAGAGUCAAAAGGGCACUCACUGAAUUUUUCUUUCCUUUGUUGCUCAACUUUGAACACCCUUUUAAUUUGUCAAGUGAAAAUGUGUAUACUGAAGAUGGUAAUAGGAUAUCUGUAACUUUCAUUGCUAUUAUUUACUAGAAAUAUUUUCUUAAGUGUUGGCAGCAGAUGCUUUUCUAAAAUCUGUUUCCAUAGUUUGGGAGGGGUGAAGGAAGAAAUUCUCCCAAGAUUUUCUAGUGGCAGUAGGGAAUUGAAUGGAAAAUUUCUGGGUCAAUCUGUUAUUUAUUUUAAAAGUACUGUUGUUCUGUGUGACACUUCACCUCCUUCUAACAGUUGAAUAAAAAUAAAAUCAUGUUCUGUAGCUGGGGAAGGGUAACUUUUGGUGUAAAAGUAAAUGUAAUAGAAAUUGAUACAUUGAUUAAAAGUUAUAGAAGACACUUGAUGUGUAAUUACACAAUUAACAAUGACCAUCAGACCUGAUAUAGAGAUUUAGGCAAACUUCAAUUCUAUGUAAGUUCAUAUUACACUGUAGUAAUAGAUAGUAAUAGGCAUUCAUGCCUGAAAAAAAUAAGUUUGUCAAUUUCACUUUGUUUAGAAUCAACUUCUAGUCAAUUUCACAUUGCAUUUGUGAAGUUCAGGUUGCAAACAUUUGAGAGGAGUGUUUGUUAAAACAUAAACCUUUUCAUUAGACCCAAAUUAAAAGCAUAGAAAUUAUUAUAUUCAAUUUUGUAAGAGCCUUUCUUUUCCCCCACCGCCCAAGAUCAACAUUUUGAGCCAAAUGUGAUAUUUGAAACCAGUCCUGCAAGUUGAAUCUGUGUAGAGCCUGAAGAGGUGUGUCAUAAAAUCUGAAGAAAUAAAUAGAAGAGUGACCCAAAACCAGCCCCUCUGAAUAACUUCUGCAGUGUCUAUCUAGUAAGUCUGUCAAGCCAGAUCCAGCAGGAUUGAUUCAACACUUGUUACACUGCUAAUAAAUACUGGAAUAAAAGCCAGACUUUUAUCUUGAUUAUGGGACUGGAAACAAGCUCUUCUGAAUUAUCAUCAUGGCUCUGCCACUGGUUCUGCAUGGGACUUGAGCAUUUACUUAGCCUGUCUCUCAGAAAUGCAAGGGACACAUUGGUGGGCAGUCACAUGAAUGCAAUUGUAAAGCUCAACCACCUAAGUUUGUUUAUAAUUUUACUCCAAAA